AUGUCGACAGUCAUUCUUGGAGGAGGUAUCAUUGGAGCCUCAAUUGGAUAUUACCUAUCCGCCAAUCAACCCGAAGGCGAGAUUCACAUCGUCGAGCAAUCUCCGGAGCUCUUCACGGCAGCCUCUGGAUAUGCUGCCGGCUUCCUGGCCCGAGAUUGGUUCGAGCCGUCCCUCGCUCCCCUUGGGGCUAUGUCUUUUGAUUUGCAUCAUGAGCUUGCCGCAGCGCAGGGCGGAGACAAGAAAUGGGGGUUCAUGAAAGGGACGGCAUUCAACUUGGAUACAGUUGCUCAACGCAAGCGAGGUGGUCCUCGCGGUGACGAUUGGUUGCGAACGGGGACCAGUAGAGCAGAGACUGCAUCUGGAGUUGAAGACGCCGUUCCGGUUGCGUUUCCCGAGUGGUUGACGAAGCAGAAAGAGGGAAUCCUGGAGGAAAUCAGUCAGGAGGGAACUGUGGCCCAAGCGGAUCCCUUGCGGUUAAGCCAAUUCCUCAUGGACGGCGCUGUCUCCCGUGGAGUUCAGCUUCAUAAACCAGCCCAGGCCAGCGCUGUCAUCAAAGAAGGGAAUGGCGUGAUUACAGGAGUCAAAAUUGUAUCUUUGGAUUCCAAGCAGGAGACAAUAAUCCCAUGCACAAACCUUGUCCUGAGCGUCGGAUCGUGGACCCCGCAGGUUCUCAGAGACCUGUUCCCUGCUUCUCGAGUAUCAUUCGAUCUUUCGCCUUUGGCUGGUUAUUCACUGGUCGUCCGCUCCCCUCGGUAUACCAUGGAGCACGAGAGAAAUGUCUACCAGGGACGCAGCCAUGCUGUAUUCACGACACACCCUCCAUCAUGCGGGUUUAGUCCUGAGAUCUUCCUUAGGGAGGGUGGAGAGAUCUACAUUGCUGGUCUCAACAGCACUACGAUGAAACUUCCACCUUCUGCUGCGGAUACCAAGCAGCUAUUUGAUCCUGCGGAGAUGCAAAGACUCAAAGACGUUGCAGUUCGUUUGAUGGGAGAUCUGGCCAAGGGUGCAACUGAGUCUACGGAUGAGGUUGUCAACACAGAUGACUUGGAAAUUAUUCGCGAAGGGCUAUGCUUCCGUCCAGUGGGAGUCACUGGUGUGCCAACAAUAGGCAGAGUUGACGAUCACUCUUUGGGAGGGGUGAGAGCGGAUCCCAAGGGAGGUGUUUUCAUAGCAUCUGGGCACGGCCCAUGGGGGAUCUCUCUGAGUCUAGGAACUGGCAAGGUUGUUUCUGAGAUGAUUAAGAAGCAAAAGCCGUCAGUGGAUGUGAGGGGGUUGGCGGUUCAGGACAAAGGUCCCAGCUCCAAACUGUGA